GGGUAAUAUAAUCGGAUGGGACAAGCUAUAAGCUCUUGUUGCACAUGUGAGCAGCCUUCUAAGGCUCCAGUUCACUGUUUUACAUGUGCAGAUGAUGCGAAAAUCAAUCGGACUAAAGUAGAUAGGACUGCUGGUGAAGUAGUUUUCAAAGAAAAAAUCCAUAAGAAUUCUGAGGGAAAACACAAGAAGUGUCUCAUCAAAGGAGAAAUAUUAAAAGACUCCAAUAAAAGUUUUGCAGAAAAUUUGAGAAAAAGUUUGAACAUUUCAGAACAAAAUAUUUAUGAUUUCUACAAAAUCGGAAAGGUAGUUGGAAUUGGAGAGUAUGGGACUGUCAGAGAAGGAUGGAGCCUUGCUGAAGACUCUCUGAAAGUAGCAAUUAAAAUCCUAGAUCUUAAAGAAAUCCAAAAAACAUUCAAAUCUAUCUGAUGUGAAGUUUCCUCUCUGAAACAAGCUAAUCAUAAAAACAUUAUUAAACUUCACCAAGUAUUCAUGGACGACAAGAAAGUUUAUCUUGUUCUAGAAUAUGUUGAUGGAGUGGAUCUUUCAGACUUUAUAGUCGAUGGUUAUAAGUUAAGAGAGAAAGAAGUCAAAUAUAUUCUACAGCAAAUGACUUCUACCAUUGAAUAUCUCCACUCUAUUCAUAUCUGACAUAGAGACAUUAAAUUGGAUAAUAUCAUGGUGAACACUGACACUUUUGACAUAAAGCUAAUCGAUUUUGGGUUUUCAACCAACUUUAGUGAGCUUGACCAUCUUAACUGCAAAUGAGGGACGCCAUACUAUGUAGCACCAGAAGUCCUGAAAGGAAGUUAUGGCAAAGAAUGAGAUAUGUGGAGUAUUGGGAUUAUGACUUACUAUAUGCUAACUGGCGAACCUCCAUUUCACUCAGACAGUGACUCUAAGCUCUUUGAUUCCAUUAUUAAGGAUGAAGUAAUGUAUCCAACAAAAGUGUGGUACAAUAUCUCUUCUGAGGCUAGAGACUUCAUUGAGAAAUUAUUGAUAAAAGAUUGAAAGAAGAGGAUGACUGCUGAAGAAUCUUUAGAACAUGAAUGGCUCUAUGAGGGAGAUAAGUCAAGUUCUACUAGAUCUGAUACAAAAUGUGAAUCCUCUUAA